AUGGAACAAGACUAUGAUGAAAUUAUUGCUAGCAGUACAAGUGACAAGUUUAUUUAUAACAACAAGUAUGAAUUAGAUGAAAUAAAGUCUUUUAUAAACUAUGCUUGUAAUAAAAAACUGGAUUAUAAAACUUAUAAACAAAUAUUUUUUAGUUUAAUAGACAUUAAAGAAUACAGCAUGUUACCACUAGUAAUUUAUGCUUUACUUCAAUCAGAUUACGAUCUAGAGGACCUUAUUGACAUUUUUAGUAAAUUGUCUAUAAAUAUUAUUAAUAAGUUUAGAGGAUCACCUUUACUAGUUAAUAUAUUAAAUAUAUUAGUUACAAUAUCAGAUAUAUUAUAUUCUAAGGAAUGGCUAUAUGAGUGUUCUACGAUGUUGUACACGAUUUCGUUAUUUAUUACUACUUGUAAUGUACACAAUGAUAUUUUAUUUGAUCGAUAUUAUACAAUUCUUUCUAAUAUUUUAUUUAUUUCGGGAAAUUAUUAUUCUGCAUUAAAUGCAUUAAGUUGGAAAGAGUCAAUUAAGAAUUUUGAAAUGUACAAAGGUCUUUGUAGGUAUAAAAACGAAGGGAAUAAAUAUUCACAGUACUUAUUAAAAAUGAAUUUACAAGAUUUUGAUGCAGGUUAUAAUAUCUUUUACGAUAAAUUUUGGGAUUUUUAUAUUAAAAAUAUAGGUAGUAAAAUAUCGUGUAACAAAGAAAAUUUGAAUUUUAUAAGUUUUAUGAGUAAAAAUAAUUUAUCUUUUGUAAGAGAAAAUAAUGAAAUUAUUAUAGGAGAAUUUAAAUAUCAAUCUGUUGAUUCAAAAAUAUACGAUAUUGUAGAUUUGUAUAAAAUUAGAAAAAAACAAAAAAAUAUAAAAAUAGUAGAAAAAAAUGAAAUAAAUGUAGAGAAACCAAUUAUUAAGAAGAAAGAAAUUAAAUUUACUGAUAAUUUUACUAUUAGAAAAGCCAAAUAUAAUAUAUAUUGUGAUAUAUUAAAAAAAUGUUAUAAAAAUAAAGAAAUGUACUAUGAAAUAAGAAACAACGCUCGAAAAAUUAAUCAUGAAAAAUACAAUAAAGCACUAAAAGAAAAGCAAAGUUUAUUUUUGAAAUACAAAGAUGAUCUUGACAGCAUGUUAGUAGAAUUGAAAUCUAAGAGGCAAGAUAAAAAAUACGAAUUUGUGUCAAAGGUAGAAAUAUCAAAAAAGUCAAGUUGGAGAGACGAUGAAGAAGGACCUGUUAAUAAUAACAUUUAUAGACCUUCUUUACAUAAAAAAGAGGAAAUUUUGACAGAUAGGCAUAUCUACACUUACGGUGCCACAGUAAAUUUUAAUAACAAUAUUAAUGAAAAUAAAGAUGAUGGAAUUUUUAGACCCAAUUUAAAUAUUUACAAAUCAAAAGCUAGUAAUAAAAGCGAUAUUUUUGUUCCAAACAUCAAUAAUAUUAAAAUUAAUGAAAAAAAUUUAGAAAAUGCUGACUCUUUUAAAAAAUUAAGUGAACAAGAUGAUGUUUAUAAAGCUCCAGAACAGCCCUAUUCUCCAUCUACAAGUAGCAAAAUAAAUAAAAAUAAAGGAUGGUAUGAUGAAUAA